AUGGAGACCGUCCCCCGCGCUUCCGACGAUGCUGAUGAGGCCUCGGUUCUACGUCGUGUGGCGACUACGGGCCCAGGCAAGACCGAGUGGCAAUUCCCAGAGCGCGGGCUGCUCUUCUCGUCGCGCUUCGACGGCGGCAACAUGGCGAGUGUGGAGCAACUGGCGUCCGGGGCUUUCAGCGUCAAAGUGUCGGAGGACGCGGCGGCGUUCGGCAUCGCCACGGGCUACUCUACGUGGUUCUACUUCGAGGUAGAACGACGACCGGCCGACGACACAAAGGAGAGCAAGCCUACCAAGCAACUGCAAGAACUGCAACUGGUUCUGGCCAACCUCAAUCCGCAGCGAGGACUGUUCAAGAAUGGCUACACCGUCAUGUACAGCUCGGACGAGAAACGGUGGGCGAGACUACCCUCCCCGUUGGCGAAGCAGGAGUUGAAGAUUCGAGUGUCGUUUACGUACCGGUUCAAGUUUGCACGAGAGCGCGUGAGGUUCGCGUUCUGCUAUCCAUACACGUACACGAGGGUGCAGGAGGAGCUCGCAGCUAUGGAUAAACUAUUUGCGCGACCGGAAUUGCAGCCAGAGACUUCGCCAGCGACUGCGAUCAACGAAAAGGCACCACCUUUGAAUGUUUACUACCAUCGAGAGCUGUUGACCCGCUCGCUGGAAGGCUUGCGGCAGAAGAAAAUGGUCGUCAUCUCUGCGCGUGUUCACUCAGGCGAGACGCCCGCAAAUUUCAUGCUGGAUGGCAUGUUUCAGUUACUGCUGCACCCCACCGACGAGAGCGCUAUUGCACUACGUCGUCACUUUGUUUUCAAGAUUAUCCCUAUGCUGAACCCCGACGGUGUGUGCCAAGGGUUCUACCGCACGGAUACGCGCGGCGUCAAUUUGAAUCGAGUGUAUGAAGACGCGCAACUCGAGACCGCCCCGACAGUGUACGCUCUGAAGGACUUUCUCCUCCAGAUCGUUGGUGACUAUGGAGGUGCUGACUCUCAGUUCGCGCAGGAGAACGUCGUCUAUCUCGACCUGCACGCGCACGCGAAUCGCCGUGGCUGCUUCAUCUUCGGCAACAACCACCUCCCCGACGCCCUCAUUGACAACAAUAACGAAGCCAUGGAGACUGCUAUCACUCGCCAAAUCAAGACACAGCUCUACGCGCGUCUCGUGGGGCUACACACGCCGUUCUUCGACUACAUGGCGUGCUUGUUCGACAAGGACAACAUGACCAAGCGCGACCUCCGAGAUAACAACAAUGCCACCACAUCGCGACAAGGCUCGAGUCGCGUGGCCCUGUACCGCGCCACGGGGCUCACGUACGUGUACACGAUCGAGUGCAACUACAACGAAGGUCGCCGCAAUCUCCGAGCUUCCAGUCUGGUAGCAUCCACAUCAUCUCCGACUGUAGCGUCAAUCUCCGGUGCAGGGGCUUCAAAACGCUGCUCAAGCUCGAAAGGGUUGGCGAAACGCGUUCAGUCCGAGAGUCUGCGGAUGCCGAGACAAACUGCCCCGACGAGCGGCACUCGACUUUACCUCAAGUACUCGCCUGCGGAGUGGAAAGACGUUGGUAUUGGGGCUCUCGUCGCGCUGCUAGACUUGUUCGAGCUCCCAGGUGCAGGGCAGCGACUUGAGGAAUCCCCGUUUCGAUCGCGAGAGGGUAUCCGGAAGAACCUCCUCGCAGAAAUCAAGUCUGCAGCCUCGAAUGAGGGCGGAACUUCUGCGAAGACAAGCAGACUCAACAAACCGAAAGCACGACAAGGCGUCAAGCCGCAAGUCAAAGUCAAAGCGCAAGUCAGUAAUCUGUAGAUUGUUCAUACACUAAAACUGAAAAAAAAUACCAGACUAGCAGAAGAUUUUCUACUCAC